GUGUCAAAAAAUAAUAAAUUUUAACUUAUUAAUUUUGUGUUGAUUUUGAGCGGUACUAAUAUACUAAUUUCUUCUGGUGUAAAAAACUAUCACCAUUAGAAAUUAGAGCUAUUCAUUGGUUAAAUAAAUAGUUUUAUUUGAAUUCAUUUUUAACAAUCGAAGAAAAAUAUAUGUAAGAUACAAACCACGUGCCACAAUUCCCACACAAGUGGACUGGAGCACGUACACUCUACCAUGACACAGCAAAAACCCAAGAGAAGCUUCAUGCCCACGCUUCUUCACUGUUCUCCCUUUAUAAAAACCCUCACUCCAUUCCAUCACCGCGUUCUCUGCUACACAAAAUUCCCCCAAAUUGCGAUCUCUCUCUCCUCAUUAAUGGGAGACAACAAAAACCCUACCAAUCCGACGUCGUACUCACUCCCACCGGGAUCACGAUUCUACCCUUCCGACGAACAACUACUCUGCUGCUACCUCACUUCCAAGAAUAACGGCGAUCCAUGGUAUGGCUUGGAUGUAAUUAAGGAAAUUGAUCUGUACAAUUACAACCCUUUUGAUUUGCCGGAUCCGGCUUGUUUCCGCUUCGGGAGAGGAGGGAGGAAGAGGCACUGGUAUUGCUUUGUGUCUAGGGUUUUGAAGGAGAGAGGAAGGAGGAGAGCUGGUGGAGGGUAUUGGAGGAAGAUGGGGAGAGUUAGGGAUGUGGUGGGUGGAGGUGCAGGGAAGGUUGUGGUGGGGACGCGGAAGUUUUUUGUGUUUUAUCUUGGGGAUGAGGCUGAAACUGCUGUGAGGACUGAUUGGGUCAUGUACGAGUAUGCCCUAAUUGAUCCUCGCUUGGCGUCUUUUGUUUUAUGCCGAGUGUUUGUCAAACCUCGACGUGGCAAUAAUGUAUCAGAACAGGGCCUAAGUUCUUGUGGUGAAGAAAGUGUGACUGCAGUGCGUCACAUUGGUGUUCAGUAUGAUGGAACCAUUAAAUCACUCAUUGGUGAAGAUGAAGUGCAUGAUGACAACUCUGUUGAUCGAGAUGAUGAGGUGUUGAGGUUUCCAGUGGGACUGAUGAGAUCUUCGGGACAUAUAAGCAGUGGUACUAUGAUUGAAGAUGAUUCGGCCGCUCAACAAUUCACAGCCAUUCAAGGAGGAGAUUUUAUAGAGUUGGAUGAUCUUUUUGGCCCACUUCCGGGCCUUGAGUAUGCAUGAUAGCAAGUAAGGAGUGAGAUCCCCAGUAAUACAUUAUCUCUUCAAUUCAUUUCUUUAUGGACAUCCACCAUUAAUGAGUCCGCCAAGGAAGGAAUUGAAGAUAAUGUAUUUGUCUAUUUGAGGGGAUCUGGAUCCAGAAAGUAAACCUAUUUACCCAUAUAUGGGUUUUCAUGGUAAAGCAAUUUACCCAUUAAAAACCCAUAUAUGGGUUUUCAUGGUAAAACAAUUUACCCAUUAAAUGGGUUUUUACCCAUAUAUGGGUUUUCAUGGUAAA